AUUUGCUUCAACAGUAUAAAAGAGCUGUGGAUAUUAUGUAAAAGUAGCAUCAUGGAGAUAAAUCCGGCAUUUGAUACGCCGGUGAUAUCAAUAAUUCUUUAAGAGGAAAUGCACAGUACAGAAAAUGUCCAGGAGACUGAGGGUGGGGAGAAAAUUCUUAACAAUAUUAGUGGUAUAUGUAGCCGAACAACCGUAGGCGUAACGAAUAAUCAUUCAACAACAACAACAACAUCAGAUAUUACGGCGACAACAACAUCCACAGUCGUAUCAAAUGGACGUAGAAUAUGCGCUGGUUGUGGUAAACACAUACUGCAACGGUUUUUAUUGAAAGCAUUAGAUUUAUAUUGGCAUGAGGAUUGUUUAAAAUGUGGAUGCUGUGAUUGUCGACUUGGAGAAGUUGGCUCAACACUAUAUACAAAAGCAAAUUUAAUACUUUGUAAAAGGGAUUAUCUAAGGUUAUUUGGUACGACUGGAUAUUGUGCCGCUUGUAAUAAGGUAAUACCAGCAUUUGAAAUGGUUAUGCGAGCGAAAAAUAAUGUUUAUCAUUUGGAAUGUUUUGCUUGUCAUCAGUGUAAUCAUAGGUUUUGUGUAGGUGAUCGAUUUUAUUUAUGUGAAAACAAAGUUCUUUGUGAGUACGAUUAUGGAGAACGACUUGUAUUUGCGAAUAUGUCAUAUAAUCCAACGAGUUUAGCACACAUACGAAGGCAAGUCAGUAGUUUACAGCCAUCGACAAUCGAUGAAAACCUAAGCAAUUACAUACCAACAAAUGAUCAACUUCGAUGUGAUGAGAAAAAUUUAACUAUAAUAAGUAAUAAACCAACGAAGAAUUGUUUUCCUGAAAAAAAUUAUCGCUUACCAAGUACCAAACAACGUGCUACACGUGAUGAUAAUAAUGGUAAUGGAUAUGAAGGAAGUCCACCCGCUGAUCCAGAGACAUUUGAAUUAAUGGGUCCUCCAAUUCGUUAACUAAAGGCAUUUUACCCCUAAAGGGUUUUAUGCUCUACUGUAUAUAUUAACAUAAACUUUUUUUUGUUUAAAUGUAAGAUAUUUUGCCGCCAAAAAUGUGAUUCGUUAGAUAUUGUGCAAUGGUCGAAAACAGUGAGGAA